AUGGACGCCGCAACCACCAACCCGCGGGGUAUCCCCGUGUUCCCGUUCAUGACGAACGUGUCGGACUACGUCAAGUCGAUCGACGACGUCGAAUCCACACUGACGCGCUUCCAAGAGAUGGUGUCCAAGUACACAUUCAUGCAGCAGAACGUCGAGCGGCGGGGAGCGGGGCUGCGCGAAAAGCUGCCCGAGAUGAAGCGGACUCUCGAAGUGGUCAAGUUUUUGAAGAAGAAGCGGAAAGACAUUGCCCAUACGCAAGCCAAUGGCGGUGAGGACGAGAGCGAGGACAACGGCUUGGAUGAGGACGAUGACAACAAGAAAUUUACAUCAGACGAGAUCGAGACGACAUUCAGCCUACAAGACACGCUGUACGCGAAGGCCAAAAUCAAGCCGGCCGAGAUCGACGACGUGUACCUGUGGCUCGGCGCGAACGUCAUGGUCGCGUACCCGUUGGACGAGGCGGAGGAGCUGCUGCAGGGCAAGCUGGACAAGGCCAAGGACAGCCUCAAGGCCGCGGAGGAGGAUCUCGAGUUCCUGCGCAUCCAGAUCACCACGCUCGAGGUCGCUGUCGCCAGGGUGCACAAUUGGGAUGUUGCAGAGAAGAGGAGGUUGAAGGCCGAGGGCAAGCUCAAGGACACGGAUGGGAAGGAGGACAAGGAGUAG